AUGUCUAAGCUUUCACGUAAUGUUAUAAUGCACGUUGUUUUAUUAACCAUAAUAAUCACUGGAAUAGUAGAUGGAAAAAAAGUUAAAAAUUGUGGCGGUAGAGGAAAAGAUAGAGGAACAAAAGGAAGCGGUGUUGGUGCUGGGGGAGGUGUAAGUGGAGGUGGUGGAGGAGGAGUUGGUGGUGGUGCUGGUGGAGGUGGUGGAGGUUUAGGAGGAGGAGUUGGUGGAGCCGUAGGAGGAGGUGCUGGUGGUGGUGGAAGCGUAGGAGUUGGUGCUGGUGGAGGUUUAGGAGGAGGAGUUGGUGCUGGUGGAGGUUUAGGAGGAGGAGUCGGUGCUGGAGGAGGUGUAGGUGGAGGUGCUGGAGGAGGAGUUGGUGGUGGAGGUGGUGCUGGUGGAGGUUUAGGAGGAGGAGUUGGUGGAGCCGUAGGAGGAGGUGCUGCUGGUGGUGGAAGCAUAGGAGUUGGUGCUGGUGGAGGUUUAGGAGGAGGAGUUGGUGGUGGUGCUGGUGGAGGUUUAGGAGGAGGUGCUGGAGGGGCCGUAGGAGGAGGUACCGGUGGAGGAGCACGUGGAGGUGUAGGAGGAGGUGGUGGAGGUAGUGCUGGUGGAGGUUUAGGAGGAGGUGUUGGUGGUGGUGGAAGCAUAGGAGUUGGUAUUGGUGGAGGUUCAGGAGGAGGAGUUGGUGGUGGUGCUGGUGGAGGGGCCAUAGGAGGAGGUGCCGGUGGAGGUGUAGGAGGUAGUGCUGGUGGAGGUUUAGGAGGAGGUGCUGGUGGUGGUGGAAACAUAGGAGUUGGUGCUGGUGGAGGUUUAGGAGGAGGAGUCGGUGCCGGUGGAGGUGCUGGAGGAGGAGUUGGUGGUGGUGCUGGAGGGUCCGUAGGAGGAGGUGCCGGUGGAGGAGCACGUGGAGGUGUUGGUGGAAGUGCUGGUGCAGGUGGAGGUUUAGGAGGAGGAGUCGGUGCUGGUGCUGGAGGGUCCGUAGGAGGAGGUACUGGUGGAGCCGUAGGAGGAGGUGCUGGUGGUGGUGGAAACAUAGGAGUUGGUGCUGGUGGAGGUUUAGGAGGAGGAGUCGGUGCCGGUGGAGGUGCUGGAGGGUCCGUAGGAGGAGGUGCCGGUGGAGGAGCACGUGGAGGUGUUGGUGGAAGUGCUGGUGCAGGUGGAGGUUUAGGAGGAGGAGUCGGUGCUGGUGGAGCCGUAGGAGGAGGUGUUGGUGCUGGAGGAGGAGCACGUGGAGGUGUUGGUGGAGGUGUAGGAGGAGGUGCUGGUGCUGGUGCAGGCGUCGGUGCUGGUGGAGGUUUAGGAGGAGGUGCUGGUGGAGCCGUAGGAGGAAGUGUUGGUGCUGGUGGAGGAGCACGUGGAGGUGUUGGUGGUGGUUUAGGAGGAGGAGUCGGUGCUGGAGGAGGUGUAGGUGGUGCUGGUGGUGGAGCCGUAGGAGGAGGUGCAGGUGGAGGAGCACGUGGAGGUGUUGGUGGAGCCGUAGGAGGAGGUGUUGGUGCUGGUGGAGGUUUAGGAGGAGGAGUCGGUGUUGGUGGAGGUUUAGGAGGAGGUGCUGGUGGAGGCGUAGGAGGAGGUGUUGUUGCUGGUGGAGGUGCUGGUGCUAGCGGAGGUUUAGGAGGAGGAGCUGGUGCUGGAGGAGGUGUUGGUGGAGGUGUUGGAGCCGCAGGAGGAGCUGGCGCUGGAGGAGGUGUAGGAGCUAGUGGCGGUGCACGAGUAGGUGUAGGAGCGGGUGGAGGUGGAGGGGCAGGUACUAGUAGUACAAGAGGAAGUGGGCCACAAAUUUAA